UUCUGCUUCAUUCAGUUCUCCUCUCUGUAGAUCCGAAACAAGGGGCCAACUGCACAAGCUUGCUGUGGAAAACAAACAAACAGCAACAACAAAAAAAGAAAAAAAAAAGAAAAGAGAGGCAACUUUAAAGGAACUUUUAAAACACAAGGGAGCUGCGAGAAACAUCCACCAGUUCUCUCGGACUUAUACUGAAAGAAAAAAGUUUGGAGAGCCAGUUUAAGGUUUUCCAGUCCUCUACACACUGUAUCCAUCAACCCUCUGAACCUCAACUCACGUCAAUCUGCUGGUCUCGACUCCUUGCACCGCCCUGCGUGAGAUGGUAACUUACAGCAAGACUGACUCAGCUGCCGGUAACUGCCUCUCGAUGGGUUACAACUACAAGACCUUCGUCUCGGAAGAACAGUAUUUCAUGGUCUUAAAGACACUACAAAGGCUCAGAGAGUGCGACUUUUUCUGGAGCACCAUGACCGGGAAGCAGGCCAGCGUUCUCCUCUCCCCCCACAUGCCGGGCACCUUCCUGGUCCGGGAGAGCUCAGACAACCAGCACCUCUUCACCCUGAGCGUCAAGACGCAGACGGGCACCAAGAACCUGCGUAUACAGUGCGACGAGAAGUCUUUCUUCCUGCAGACAGACCCCAAGAACGUGGAACACGUCCCCCACUUUGACUGUGUCCUAAAGCUAAUCAAUUACUACAUCCGUCAAAGAAACUCAAGCACUGUCUACUACAUCCGCGCCGGAGGGGAGAGGAUCCCCCUGGAGCUCAUCAAACCGCUCUACUUGUCCAUGUCGUCCUUGCAGCACCUUUGCAGGAAGAAAAUUAACAAAGACUUGGACAUUUCCUCUCAAAGAGACCAGCUUCCUAGCACAGUUCAAGAUUACCUUAAUAAAUACGACGUCGAUAUCUAGGGACGUAAAGACUGAUGCCAAUGAAAACUGGAUGGUGCCAGUACAGCUAUGGGAGGACGCCCCGUGCGGGAUGUAGCAGAGACGACUGAAUCCGUCCCGGAGGAGGGAAUCAGAGGGAAUCUCAGACCUUUUUAAGAGACGAGGUGAUUGAGGAAAAAGCGGUUUUCGUGAUCUGGUGACACGAAGAAAGAAGAGCCAUGCCAUCCUCCUCUGCUUCACUGAUGACGUACAACUCGCUGAGAACUGAAGUGAGGCUCACAGUCAGCUGUCUACAAUGUGAUGACACACAGUUGCCUUCGCUGCUGCUGCUGCUGCUGAUGCUAAUCAGCAUCCUGAGAGACUGACGAGUUCCCCCCACACAAAAGCCUUAGAAAAUGGUCCCUUCAACCAAAGGUGGACUAGCUCCAAGCGAUUCCGCGGAUGUCCAGCUGGAUGCUUCGUGGACGUCGGAAGCUUAAGAGUGCAGAUGGUGUGGACACUUGUGGUUUUGGAUCAGGAUGAAAAGAAAUGUUUUUUUUGUUUUUUUGUGAGGGUUGUGUGUUGCUUUUAGAGGAUGGGGAUUAAUGCCAAAUUUGCCAGAACAACAUGGAAACGUGUUGGGAAAACGACUGAUUCCGAUAGGAUCCUGUAGGAGAGUAGAAGUUAUCACGCUUCAGUGAUGAACCACUGUUUGGCACAUACAUUCAGUGCCUGUAGAUGAAUUAUUACAUUCGGUAUUCUUUUCAUAUAAGGAGAGUGAAUCGUGUAUUCACUUUCCUUUACACCAUGUUUACAUUAUUAAAUUGCUUGAUUUUCAUGGUUUUGUAGGGAUGUGUGUGUGUGUGUGUGUGUGUGUUAUCUUUUAUAAAGAUUUCCUUUUUUUUUUAUAUAAUUUUUAUUUUUUUUUGCCAGCCAAAUGCCUGGCUGUGGAUGCUUGAACAUUAUCUGAGAAGUUUGACAAAGCAAGCAGAUUAAUACAAUUUUGCACUUAUUUAUAUUUGUCUAAACAUAUCAUUAAUUUAUAAUAAAAGUGGUAUUUUCUAUACAAUGA